ACACCACGCCAGACCAUCGCACCUGCACUCUCCCCCAACGACAUCGACAACCACAGCGUCAUCUCCGCAGCCGCGCCGCUUCCAUCCACUCCGACCGCAGCCGCAGCCCAUCACAAACUUGUCGCAACACUUGGUCCUGGGCUACUUCACCAGACCACCACACAUCAUGUCGGCCGCUGCCCAACAACAAGGCACUGCCCGCGGCACCCGCCUGGUGACUGUCAAGGUCGUCUUCCUGGGCGACUCCGCGGUCGGAAAGAGCUCCAUGGUCCUCAGAUAUGUCAAGAACUCGUUCGAUCCCUACAAGGACUCCACCAUCGGCGCCGCCUUCCUGACACAAACCGAGACGAUCAACCCGACGACCGCCGUCAAGUUCGAGAUCUGGGAUACUGCGGGUCAGGAGCGGUACAGAUCGCUGGCCCCCAUGUACUACAGGAAUGCGCCUGGCGCCGUUGUUGUUUACGACAUCACCCAGGCUGCGUCCUUCGAUAAGGCCAAGCAGUGGGUCAAGGAGCUGAAGCGCAACGCCGACGAGAACAUUGUCAUCGGACUGGCCGGAAACAAGCUGGACCUCGUCACUGAGCAGCCCGACAAGCGCGCCAUCCCAACAGCUGACGCUGAGGCUUAUGCCAACGAGGCCGGGCUUAUUUUCUUCGAGACAUCUGCACGGACAUCGGAGAACGUCCGCGAGCUAUUUACCGCCAUCGCCAACAAGGUGCCUCUAGACCAGCCUCGCAACAAUCGCCAGGGCAUCAACCUCGGCCAGUCUUCCCCAGCUACUCAGCAGCCCGAGCGAUGCAGCUGCUAGACGGUUUUAUGAAUCACUGCUCCUCAGCCAUGCCCUAUUACUUGGUAAAGAUGCUGCGGAACUGGACUGCCGACACUCUAUGGUGGUGACACCUGUUGGGACUCUGCGUUAGGCAUAGACGACCUCUUCGUGAGAGUUGGUCACGAUGAUGAAGCACGAAGGACACCAUGAACAGCAUCCAUGGCAGGCUGGCUCGAGUGUGUUCCGGAGGGGCCUGUAUAUAAGAAGGAAGGAGUCUUUUUGGACCGAUGGUUGCUGCAGCUUGUGUAUUCACCUGUCCGGCGUUUGUUCUUUGUCUUGUUUUGUUUCUAGUCAUGAGAGUGGGAUACAGCUAGUUAAGAACGUAAUAUCAUUCAAUCAUCUAAUGCAGUACAUGAAAUUAUGAGUCAAGCCUCGA